GCUCUUAAGUUUCUAAAUUGACACUGGUCGGAAGAAUCUGAUGAUUAUCUUGCUAUGACAUCAAUAAUGAAAUUUUCAGUGGCAUUGUUUGAGUAAUCAGUGCAAGCUGAGCUCUUUCCCUGAAUGAAUCCAAGUAACCCCAGUGAUUGCCUUCUGAAAUGACCAGCAGACACACUUCUGUCCAGAGGCUGUCCAGAGUAUAAAUUCUGGUUCUGAAGUACCAUGUCCAGCCGAGGAAGUCCCGGUGUGGAGUUUUCUACGACGACAGUCAGUUCAGUAGCUGUUCAGGCCGGAGACUCCAAAAUUGUUAUAGCUGUCGUAAAGUGUGGCAAGUGGGUACAACUUCAAUUGGCUGAAUCACAGCCCAAUCUUCUAGAAAUUGGUAGCAGUCAAGAUGAGACCAAAAAACUUCUUCAUGAUCAUGAACUUCUUUUGGCCAAGCUCAAGGCUUUGGAAGAUCAGGUGUGGGAACUCUUGCAGGAAGCAGACAAGACAGCUGAAGAGAACAAGGAUCAGAGUCAAGUCUAUGAUGCCAUGGCCAACACUUUGGGUGAAGCAUGGACAGCGCUUGUCUCUAUGCUUGAAAAAAGAAGGGAGCUCCUCAGGUUGACUUCUGAAUUUUUUGAAAAUGCCUUGGAGUUUGCUAUUAAAAUAGACCAAGCUGAAGAUUUCCUCCGGAACACCCAGGAGUUUGAGAGUGCCGAGUCCUUAAAAUCCCUUCUGCAGCUUCAUGAAAAUCAUACCAAAGAACUCUUAGAACGAUCUCUAGCCCUUUUAAACAAAAGUCAACAACUCACUGACUUCAUAGAAAAAUUCAAGUGUGAUGGACCUAAUGUGAAUUCUGAGUUGAUUCAGGGAGCUCAUAACAGCUGUCUGAAGAUUGACAGCCUUCUUGAGCUUCUACAAGAUAGGAGACGGCAACUAGACAAGGGUCUGAAGCAACAGCAGCAAGAACUGGGUCAGGUUCUGAAGAUAUGUGAGUGGGACCAGCAAGAAAAUCAGGUUACUUGUUGGUUUCAGAAAACCAUAAAAGAUUUGCAGGAACAAAGUCUGGGCUCAUCACUUUCAGAUAAUGAGGAACUAAUCUGUAAGCAUGAGGAAUUGAUAAUAAAAGCAAAGGAAUGGAAUUCUGCUGUUGAGAAGCUAAAGAGUGAUGCGCUUGGGAUUCUGCUGUCCAAGGACUACGUGGAGAAGGAACAUCUACAGCUCUCUAACCAGAAACUGGAUCAGCUUCAAGGAGAAUUUGGUCGGCUCAUGGUGGAAAGGAAAACUUGGUUAAAAAAGGCAAAUGUUUUUUUUAACAGUGCCAAUAAGGCAUUUGAUGUACUUGGAAGAGUUGAAGCUUACCUUAAGCUCCUUAAAUCAGAGGGUUUAAGUCUGCCUGUCUUGGCAGCAAGGCAUGAGGAAUUACACAGAGAAAUUAAAGACUGCACAGCUGAUGCUUUGCAAGAGGGACAAGCCUUAAUCAGCCAAGUAGACUCCUGUAGCUCUCAGAUAACCGGAGUCCAUGAGAUGAUGGGAUGCAUUCAGAGACGAGUGGACCAUCUGACCAAACAGUGUUCAGCGCACAAGGAAUUUGCUCUUAAGAAACAGCAAUUAACUGCCUCAGUGGAGGGCCACCUGAAGAAGGUGGAAACGUCAAUUCAGAAAAUCAGUCCAGUACUUUCCAAUGCAAUGGAUGUCGGUUCCAGCCUUUCUGAAUCAGGGAAGAUUUUGAGUAAAUAUUUGGAACUAGAUAUUCAAGCUAAGGAGACAGCACAAGAAUUAGAAGCAGCUACAAAACUUAUGACAGAGAAAAAUGAAUUUGAACCUGACGAAGUGGCAUUGCUUUCUUCUAAAGCUAAAUGGCUAGAGGAAGAAUUAAAAAUACUUGGGCGAAGCAUCAGCUCCAGGUCACAAGUCCUGCAAACUUAUGUGGCAUUUCUAAAGUCAUCAGAGGAGCUAGAGGAGCAGUGUCAGAGCCUAAAGGAGUUUUACCAAACUGAAAUCCCACGGAAGGAAGAGGAUGAUGCUGAAUCCAAGCGUCAGUUUGACUCAGCUGAAAAGCAGUGGCAGCUAUUUUUAAACAGGAGCUUUUUAACUCAAGACCUAGGGCUUGAGUUCCUUAAUUUAAUUAAUAUGGCAAAAAAGAAUGAAAUACUAAAUGUGAAAAAUGAAGUGCACUUUAUGGAGAACACUAUGGAAAGCCAGAAGGCAGAAAGAGAAGAACUCAGCCACCUUCGGAUGACAUGGCAACUUAAAGCCACAGCAAGCAAACCUGUGAAACAGCAGUGGGGAGCAUUCAAAGAACAACUUAGAAAGACCACUUACAACUUAAAACUUCUUCAGGAAGCACUUAUGCCUGUGUCUGCACUUGACCUUGGAGGGAGCCUCCAGACCAUUUUAGGUCUACAGAAAAAAUGGAGUGAAAUGAAGCCUCACCUCCAGCAACUGAACGUUGAAGUUCAAUACAUUGUAAAAGAAUCAGAAGAGUUAACUGGCAAAGGAGCCCCUGUUAAAGAGAAGUCUCAACAACUGAAGGAGCUUAUUCACCUCCAUCAAAAACAGCAAGAGAGAAUCCAAGAUUAUGAGGAUAUCCUGUACAAGGUAGUCCAAUUCCAUCAAGUUAAGGAAAAGCUGGGUCAUCUCAUCAAAUCAAGAGAAAUGGAGUUUUUAGAACAGCCACAGGAGCUGGAGGAUGGCCACGAAGCCCAGGUUCAGCUCAGUCGCUCUCAGGAGAAGCAGGCACACAUUGAGCAGCUCCAUAAACUGGCCCUUUCCCUGGGAGUGGACAUCAUCUCUUCAGUACAGCGACCUAACUGCUCUAACAUUUCUGCCAAGAACCUGCAGCAGCAGCUGGACGUCCUUGAGGGGGAUGGUGUGAACUUGCGUGCCAAAGCCGAGGAGUAUGAACGGACCCUGAUCCGCUGCUUGGAGUACUGCACCACAAGGGACAAUAUAAAUGAGCUCAAAGAGUCAUUCAAAGAUAUAAAAAAGAAAUUCAACAAUUUGAAGUUUAAUUACACUAAGAAAAAUGAAAAAGCUCGGAAUCUGAAGGCUCUUAAAUAUCAAAUUCAACAAGUUGAUGUGUAUGCUGAAAAAAUACAGGCUUUGAAAAUGAAAAUGGGAAAAGUUGAGAAUAAAACUUCUUAUUCUCUCUUAAAUUAUCCAAAUAAUAAAGUGAAUGUCCUUUUGGAAACCAUGAAAGAUUUGCAAAAACAUGUGGAUGAGUUUGAAAAAGUUGUGACAGAUUACAAGAUGAAUUUGGACCUGACUGAACAUCUCCAGGAAAUGAUAGAAGAGUGUCACUUUUGGUAUGAAGACGCAAGUGCCACAGUUGUAAGAGUUGGAAAAUACUCUACAGAGUGCAAGACAAAGGAAGCUGUGGAAAUUCUCCACCAGCAGUUCAAUAAGUAUAUCAUGCCCUCAGUGCCUCAGCAAGAAGAAAGGAUUCAGGAGAUCAGUGACCUAGCCCAGCGCUUAUAUGGUUUUGAAGAAGGGCAGAAAUAUGCUGAGAAAAUAGUGGCAAAACACAAAGAGGUUCUUGAAUCUAUCACUGAAUUAUGCGUCUCUCUCACAGAGCUUGAAGAAAAGCUGAAGCAGGGAGACAUUUUAAAAAUGAAUCUGAAUUUGGAAGAUCUCCAUGAUGACUUCGUUGACCUGCUAAAAGAACCAGCAAGAAAUAAGCAGACACUAUUCAAUGAAGAAAGAAAUAAGGAGAAGGCGCAGGUAGAAGAUAUUUUGACUGUCAAUGGAACAGGAGAGGGUCAGCUCCCACAGCACCUGACGCAGCUGCUCUCUGACAAAGAGGAUGCUGUCCAAGGCCAUCUCCUGCCUCCAGACAUGCUUUCGGGAGAAGAAUAUGAGUGUGUCUCACCUGAUGACAUCUCCUUGCCUCCACUCCCGGAAAGCCCUGAUUCCCCCCUUGCCCCUGCUGACAUGGAAGUGGAGGGGCGGUCUAGCCCUCCCCGCAGCCUUCCCAUGAGCAACUACAGGAUGCAGACAGGGGCCAGCUGUCCAGGGGAGGCCCGGGAAUCUGGCAUCCCACCACCUGCUGCUUUUGCUGAUGCUUACAAUGAUAAGAGAGAAACAUUUUCAAGUCAUUUUGAGAGGCCCUCUCCCCAGUUCAAAGCUGAAGUCCCAUUAACCUCCCAAGGAAUUUUGGAAAAAAGUACUGCCUUCUGCAAAAUCAGUGCUAAACAUCCAGAGAGCAUGCUGAGUGAAGUGCAUGAGAGAGCUUUACAGCAGCACCCUCAGGCUCAGGGAAGUUUGCUAGAAACAUGGGAGAAAGUGCAUGCUGAUAACAAUGUCACUAAAACCCAAGACAGGCUGCAUGCUUCCCAGGAUGCAUUCUCAGGCCUUGGGUUUCGAUCAGGCUCCAGCCAGGCCUAUCAGAGGCAAACGGUCCCCCAAGAGGAGAUUAAAUGUACAUCAGCAAAGAACACCGUGGUCAGCCUCGCUGGCCAGGCACCUAAUUUCUCCAGGCAUCAGUCUAAUGUAACUGUCAUGGAAGGUUCUCCAGUGACUUUGGAAGUUGAAGUGACAGGAUUUCCAGAGCCUACACUGACAUGGUACAAGAAGGGCCAGAAAUUGUCUGCAGAUGGGCACUUACAGGUUUUACACAAGGAGACAAGACAUUCGGUGUUCAUUCCGAAGGCAUGCGAGGCAGACGCAGGCCUCUAUGUGGCUCGGGCCCAAAACUCUAAUGGCAUUCUCUCUUCCAAUGUCAUCCUCCACGUGACAGGUAACCACAGGCCGCCAAUCACAAGAAUAAACUGGAUAACGCUGUGUGUCGUCUAUAUUAGUGUGUCCCUAAUGUACUGGGUACUCACACAGUAACUGUGGGGUUAGCACUCCUGGAUGUCAUUCUCAUGAGCCUAAAGAACAAUGCUUUGGUUGUUUAUUUUCCUGUAUCUCCCACAGAACAUCCUCCAUGAAGUGUACCCCCAUUCUGGUCAUGUUGUUUGUUCAGCUAAUCCCACUGCUCAGUGAAAUAAUCACAUUUUCUUUAGUGUUUUAGUAUAUUUGAAGACGUUGGUAAAUUAUUAGCAGUGGAUAAGCAUACAUUUUUGUAUUCUAGAGAGAUGUGUUCAAGACAAAAGCACAGUAAAAUACACUAUGUUUAUUCCCUCCCAGUUUAAGAGCAUGUAUAUUAAGGUUCACUUCAGUAUAAAGAUGUGAGUUAAAUUUCAAAUUCAAUUGUUUGAUAAUUUUUUUAAGUUUAUUUAUUUUUAAAGAGAGAGAGAGGGAGAGCAGGGAGGGGCAGAGAGAGAGGUGGAGAAAGAGAGAGAAUCCCAAGCAGGCUCCAUACUGUCAGUGCAGAGCUGGACACAGGGCUUGAACUCACAAACCAUGACAUGAUGACCUGAACUGAAACCAAGAGUCAGACACUUAACUGACUGAGCCACCAAGACACGCCCAAUAACUUGUUUUUAAUUGUGGUCAUAAACAUCUCUUUGUAGAAUAACAGUAGAAAUAUUGAAGUUGUGGUUUUCAUUAUUGCAUAAGCUGUCCUUUCAUUUUGUUUUAUGUCUUUAUCUCAUUUAUUGAAAUACACUCUAUAUAGUUUCAACCUAGCCUUCCUUCCUAAGUCUGGGGAGGCCAUCAUAAAUAAUCAUUCCUCAUGCUGAUCUCAUGGGUUUCACGGUGGAGAAUAGAUGUGCUGUUAACUUCAAAUGAAGUUUCAAACUUCCAUCAGCUGUACAUGUCAUAGAGCAAAAUGGAGCACAGGCUGCAGAUGGACCAACAUAAUUCCUGUCAUGCCACUGUCACCUUUUGGGUAGCCAUGUAUAUACACCAGCAACCUGCUCUUCCUGCUUCUAAUCUUGAUUCUUCAACUGAGUAUUUUUGCAGCUUGUGGUAUAGACAUCUCAAUGCCUCAGUUUCCCAUUUGGAAAAUGGGUUCAUCAUCUACCUCUUGGGCAAUUGAGCAUUUUUGUUUCAUGUCUUGUAAACAUUUGGAAAUGCAAAGCAUUCUAGGAAGGCUAAACGUAAUUAUAUUGUUUGAUGUAAUUUAUCAUCACACUGCCUCCUGCCCACUCUUCUCUUUCAGAUGCUAUUUCUUUAGGAUAUUAAAGGAAUAAUAUUAGUCUGUGACUUCCAAGCUUUCCCAUGUGGGAUGUUGAUGGUUUAUGAAUUGGAAGUCAAAUUCCUUUCUAAUUUGGUAAGACUAUAUCUUAUUCAAAGACUUGAAAUUAACCAUAGUAGGAUGCAUUUAGUAUGAUAAAAGGGAAAAAGAAGAGUGUAAUAAGACAACAUAAGGUGAAUUCUAUCCUUCUAAUUAUCACUGUAAUACUGAAGAAUGCUCUAUACAUUUCUGAAAUAUAUCAUUCAGAAAAGAGGGUCUUUUUCUGGUUCCUUUUAAAAAUAAACAUGAAUGAGAGAGGCAUUUGUUUUUAAAUUUUAAACAUAGUCUUGUCAUGGUAGGGUAAAAUCAUUGGUUGAAAGAAUAAUUUAUUACAUAUUUUAAUGAAGAGAAGGAAUUAAUUAUGUUGCUGCAAGACUGUCUACAAUAAUAAUAUUUAAAUGUAAUAUAUUCAAGUUAAUAUUAAAAAGUUACCAAAGGUUAUCUGAAGACAUGAAAUGUGUGGUUGUGUAAAGCUGACAUAUUUUUCCUAUGUAUUCAAUUUAAUUAAAAAAUUAAAUCACUUAAUUUUCUUCCAAAUUUUGACAGAAAUCUAUUAAAAGCUUAUAUAUAACAUCCUAGGGAAUCUUUGGUCCAGUUUCACAUAUUUUUCAUUCUUGCCUAACUGCUGCUCCCAUGUUGAAGCUAAAUAGUAAAAUCUAUUCAUGUCCAAAGAGGGCAGUCAGGACCAGGUAACAAAUUCUUCUCCCACUCUAUGUCUCUUUCCUGUUAAUUCAGUAAGAUCUCCCUUCCCACUUUGUCAUCUUGAUGAAAUUUGUGGCUUAAGGUUAUUAGGGCAUGGAAAUAGCUGAUUUGCUUUACCUGUUGCAUGCCACUUAAAGGCUAAUCCUUUGAGGAUUGUAUAUCCAUGAUGUAUGACUAAAUAAGGCAUAAAAACCUCUGAUACAUUUGAUGUAUAUAUACCAAAUAUAACAUGUAUUUGAUAUAUAUUUCAAAUGUAUGUAUAUACAUACACAUAUAUGUACACACACAUAGAGCCCAAAUAUUGGGAAAAAGCAUUAUACUGAUAUUCAAGAUAUAUAGGUCAAGAUAUAUAGUUCAGCUAGCUAUCUGUAUAUCAGUCUAUCUGUCCAACCAUUCAUCUAUCCAACCAUCCAUCCAUCCAUCCAUACAUCCAAGUAUUCACCUAUCUACCUACCUACCUAUUACCUACCUACCUACCUAUCUACCUACCUACCUACCUAUUCUUUUGCGCUAUUGAUUGACUAUCUAGUAAUUCCAGCAGCAGUGAACAAUAAUUAACUAUUCAAUUAUUCUUCCAGCUAUAUUUUAAUUUCAAAGACUUACAUGUGAUUUUCUUUUUGCCUGGAUUUCUGUCUUGAUAAAAGAAUUCUCCCUAUGCAAGUGUGAACUAAACUUAUUGAUUAAAAAUGAAAAACCUGGGAAAUUCAAGUGAUGUUUCUAUUUAAAAAUAUAUACAUUUAUACCCAUUUACUUUAGAGAAAAUUCUGGACAGUUAGUAAUACCAAAGCACUUUUCAACAAGAAAAUAUAAAUGACAAUGAAGAUUAAAAGGAACAUAUACUUGACACCUUAAAGGAAUGCAGAACAAAAUGAAUUUGAGUUUCCUAUGAGGCAUGAUAACUGAGCUUUCCAGUUCUGAUUUUCUAAUAAAAAGUGUAUAAACAUUUGGUGGUAAAAUUUUUUUCAUACUCAAUUCAAAGAGAAAUUUAUGCAGGAAUCCUUACAUUCAGAUCUCUACACAUUCUAAAAUUUCUAAAAUCUUUGGAAAAAGAAGCAGUAAACAAUUAGUUAUCUCAUUCAAUAAUGCUAACCAUCACUUAUAAUCAAGAUGCAGCCUUAAAAUAGAUGACUGCAAGAACCUUCUAACUACUUCACUUAAGUUUUAAUUUCUUCAAGUGGUGCACAAGGCCUUUUAGUACCUGGCCCCCCCUCCAACCUCUAUUCCAUCGCUUCUGAUCCCCCCACACGGUAACAUUUUACUUUAGGUUUUUAACCUAUCAUGUUCUUUCUUCUCUCUGUCCUGUCUUCCCAGAACUCCUUCCUAUAUGCUAACCUAUCUUCAUGUGGCUUAACUACUGCAUAUCCUUCUUGGUCCAUUUGAGAUACAACUUCCCCCAGGAAGCCUUCUGACCCAUCAAGUCCAGUGUAGAUGUUCCUGCUAUGUGUGCUGUCAGAACCUGAGCUGCCCAUGUCAUGUCCCUUGAUACAUAAUACUGAAAUUGCAUGUUUGAGCAUCCGUCUCCUCUGUGACAGCCCUGUUCAUCACUAUAUUCCCAGCACCUAAGACAUAGUCAUAUUCAAUAAAUACUUCUUGAAUUAUUAGAGGCCAACAAAAAUACACUCAACUUGUUUUUUUUCUUUUUCUGGAGAGAGGGGGUGGAGAAAUGUGAAAAGAGAAAGAUAUAUUUGUUACUUGAUUAUUACUUUUUAUUAUGUCCAUUGACCAAUCAGAAUCAGGUUCUAGUUAUGAAGUAUGUAGGCAUACUACAAUGACUAUGUCCAAAAUGCCAAAACCUCAAUUUAUGUACUUCUUUCAACACCCCACAAAUUAUCAGUAUCUUAUUGUAGUAAUCAAUAGUCUCAGUAAUCUGGCUGUAUACAGAUUUUACUUAAAACCAACAUUUCAUUUGUAUGUGUAAAUUUUAAAAGAACCAAAUUCAAGGAUUUCGAUUAAUUGAUUUCCAAAUGAACGAAGGCAAAAAUAUUGUACCUUGUUCCACUUGUUUUUGUUUUAUUUGUGACUAUUCCCUACUAGAAAUUGCCAUCUGAAGUUUUUGACAUUCCUGUUGUAUGUACUUUGUUUUAAGUCUGUCCAUGAAACAGUUAUUUGAAACAAAAUAAAAUAUAUGCUCCUA